AUGCCCAACUAUGUCAAGUUCAUGAAGGACAUUCUUUCCAAGAAGAAGAUGCUUGGCAAGUUCUACAGACUAGCAUUAAUAAAGGAGUGUAGUGAAUUCGUACUAAACAAGCUACUUCUUAAAAUGAAGGACCCUGGGAACUUUACUGUACCUUGUAACAUUGGAGAAUCUUACUAUGGUAAAGCUCUAUACGAUCUAAGAGCAAGCAUUAACUUGACGCCAAUGUUUAUUUUUAAUAUGUUGGGGAUAAGUGAUGUUAGACCAACAACUAUGACACUCCAACUGGUAGAUCAGUCUCUAGCACGUUUGGAAGGAAAGAUCGAGAAUGUUUUGGUACAUGUAGAUAAGUUUAUUUUUCCUACUAAGUUUAUUGUUUUAGAUUUUGAAGCUGAUAAGAAAGUUUUGAUCAUCCUUGGGAGACCUUUCCUAGUAACGGGGAGAAUAUUAAUAAACGUGCAGAAAGGUGAACUCACUAUGCGAGUUCAAGAUGAUCAGGUCACUUUUAAUGUUAUUAAAGCUAUGAAAUUCCCUAACCCAGUGGAAGAAUGCUCAGUCAUGGAGCAGCUAGAAACCUUAGUUUCUAUAGAAUGGGAAUGCAAUUCUGUAGAAGACCAUUGGAAAACACCUUAG